AAGAAAGAAAGACCUUCUUGGGGUCAAGAAGAAAGAAACAAUAGUGUGAUUACAAUACAUACAUCUUGGUCUUCGUCUCCUCCAACAAGUCUUUUUCUCACCCAAAUGGAUUCUCGGAUUUUUCUCGCAUUUUCCCUAUGUUUUCUCUUGAUUCUUCCUAAAUUCUCAUCUGCACCUACCCGUUUCUUUACUCGAUCGAGUAACAACAACAGAGAUGGGUCUGUGAUUAAGAUGAAAACGAGUGCUUCUUCUUUUGGUUUUGAUCCAACUCGUGUUACUCAACUCUCUUGGACUCCUAGAGCUUUUUUGUAUAAAGGGUUUCUUACUGAUGAGGAGUGUGAUCAUUUUAUCAAAUUGGCAAAAGGAAAGCUUGAGAAGUCAAUGGUGGCUGAUAAUGAUUCUGGUGAGAGUGUAGAGAGUGAAGUACGGACUAGUUCUGGAAUGUUUCUUUCUAAAAGACAGGAUGAUAUAGUUUCUAAUGUCGAGGCAAAACUUGCUGCGUGGACAUUUCUUCCCGAAGAAAAUGGGGAAUCCAUGCAAAUAUUGCACUAUGAGAAUGGUCAAAAAUAUGAACCCCAUUUUGACUACUUUCACGAUCAGGCCAAUCUGGAGCUUGGUGGUCAUCGGAUCGCCACUGUAUUGAUGUACUUGUCCAAUGUUCAAAAGGGAGGAGAGACGGUGUUUCCCAUGUGGAAGGGCAAGACAACUCAACUGAAAGACGAUAGCUGGACUGAAUGUGCAAAACAAGGCUAUGCUGUGAAACCGAGGAAAGGGGAUGCAUUACUAUUCUUCAAUCUUCAUCCCAACGCAACCACAGAUCCAACUAGUUUACAUGGAAGCUGUCCAGUGGUUGAGGGAGAGAAAUGGUCAGCAACCAGAUGGAUUCAUGUAAGGUCAUUCGACAGAGCGUUUAACAAGAAAUCUGGGUGUGUGGACGAGAAUAAGAGCUGCGAAAAAUGGGCAAAGGAAGGGGAGUGCCAGAAGAAUCCAACAUACAUGGUGGGUUCAGAAAAUGACCAUGGAUACUGCAGAAAGAGUUGCAAAGCUUGCUCAUCUUAAGAACAACAACAACAACAAGUAAAUCAAAGCUCUUAUUAAAAGGAUGAACAUUUUUGUAGAGAAACAUUUCGUCAAUAGAAUGAAAAAUUUAGAACAAUAUACUAAAAAAUAAUUCUGAAUCUAUGUUACUGGUUUCAUAUUCAGUUAUGUUCCCUAUGGUUCAUAACUAAACCAAAUCUUAAUAAAAGUCCGUUUAUCA